AGACAAAUGGCUCCUGGCUGCUGGAGUUCUGCUUUGCGUCGAUUUGGGGAUUUUAACGGUCGCGGAGCAAGUCGACCUGCGUUGUCGGCGCGCGGGAGUGCUGCCCAGUUUCUCCAGAGUGUGUGACUGACGAAGGGUGCUCUCAAGGCUUCGCUUUCUACGUGCUUGAUUUGGAGGACUUUUCGUUUUGGUUCAUCUGAGCUGCAGAAGUGCAGAUGCAAGGUGGUAUCUGCAAACCCACGCCAAAAGUGUGGUUAAAUUUGUCGACUUUUGUACGGGGAGGAUGCCUCUCAAAGUCGAGAACUCGUUCUCGAUUCACCGGGAUUAUCCGCCGAAGAAGUCUACCGAAAGAGCCGUCGAGGACGAUGGCGAUGACCUAAAUAUUCGCGUCUGAGAACUAGGUUUCCCUCGCUGUUCACACGAAGAGAAACAGUCACAGCAGCGGCAUUCCAUACAUGCUGCUAACUGUUUGUCAAAAACCCAUAAGUUAUUCCUCCAAUGGACACAAGGACGUUGCCUUUUUACCAAAAAAAGAAAUAGAGUUCUUCGCAACAGGCAUCCAGAACGAGUCGUAAAACUCUCUCAUGGGUGGUUCUGUACGCCACGUUUCCCGCGGGUCCACAUCUACACUGCAGCCAGAACCUCAAGACCCGUACGAAGAAUCCUGUGCUCAGCAUUCCCCGACUCAGACAUUAGCUUGUACUUGCAGUAGAGUGCGUAACGAGAGGAGAGAAAUACAUGCGCAAAGUUUCAGCAAACAGAACCCCGUGCUGACAGAACUGCUUUCCUCCGUUAGUCUCUAUACCCGAAAUGGUCGGACCCCGUCCGGUUUCCCCUCCUGUUCCACCGGCUGCCCGCGCGUACGAGAAGGCGUUGUGAAGCAAGAGGAAACCACUACUCAGAUUGGGGAGGAUUGGACCAUCGUCCUGGGAGGAGUUCUAUCUGCGACGGGCAUGUUAGCAGAAGCAUGAUUUAUGAGUGGUACCGACUACGAAAAGACCGGUAUCUUGUCGGUGUUUGCUGCGUCGGAAUCUGGCAGACAUGCCAUUUUCUGCUCCCUCUCUUCCACCCUUACUGCGAGAAAUACCGGAAAGCAGUCCCGCCCACUUUUCUUUCCGUUUCUUGACCCUCCCAGUGACCAGCAAGGCGAGUUCAGAUUUCGAUCGCAUGCACGCCUGCGACGCAGCUCGUCUAGCGCCUGUCAGCAUCUGCCGUCUUUUUUCUUCGCUUCUCCCUCUUCAAACCGCGAGAGAGAAACGGCAUAUGCCACAAUUGUGGGUUUCGCUGCAAAGAUGUCUCUCGACAGGCACUUGCUUUUUCGGCCGAGGCCUUUCUGUGCACACUUGGAUAGCUACCGUCCGGGAGCUUGCUGAGAAUCGAGUGAGACUGGGGCAGCUUGGAAAGCGAGCCUCUCCAGUGUUGGCUUGCGUGCUUUCCCCCUUUUUUCUUUUCUUCUGUAAUUCAUUUCGCCUUUUCUGGAAAAUGACGACGGCAGGACGAGCACUGUUUAGGCGUAGUUCUCUGGUGUGAAACACGGCGCCGUCGACCCUCCCAUUCUGUUCGUCGGGUGCAAGUGGCGGUGUGCUUCUGCGUGGCCACUGGUUCCUCUUGACUUCUUUCUGGAAACUUUUUUCAGAUGGAGAGUUCUCGAAUUAAGUGACGGGCGCGGCCCGAAUUCCGUUGUUUUCGAGAUCUGGGGAACAGAGUUGAAUUUCUUCCGUUUUCCAACGUCCAGUUUGUCUGUCUCGAGACCCAGCCCAAGAAGUCAUCCUUUGUAAAAGAGGUCUCUCAAACGUCGGUAACAAGCCAGCACUUUCCGCAAAAAAAGCGUUCCUCUCUACACGGAGAAAAAGGUUCUAAGGGAAAGCUCUGCCUUUUUUCCAGAUUUCAGAAUCUUUUUCCGGUCGUGACCGUUUCUUGCGGCGGAUCUGGGACGAGGAACCCAAAUGCGCUAACUCUUUUGUCUUUCCCGACACAGACUCCUCUCUUUAGCUUUUCAUGGUGUCUCUGUCCUAGCGGAAACCGCUUGCAUUUUUGAAAACUCUUCCUUCGACUGUCACGGCGCUAUUUGUCUCGGCACCAGGCCUUUGUUUCCUCUCAGCCUUUUGGAGGACCGUUCGACGUCCCUUGCCACAGAUCUCUCUGUCUCGUUUUCUCCUCUGCAGUGGUAGAAAGGGAAUGUUCUCCUCCAUCUUUGCCCAUGCAAACCUUGCUGUUGCUACUUCCAAACCCCAUUGGGUCUGCGUGUCUCUCCGCGUAUUCUUCACCAGAGCGGCGUCCUUUCCCCCCGGUGUGAAACACUGGCGGCUGAGCCGGCCGCCAUCUAUGUUUCUCCUUUCAGUUCCAGAAACGGAACCGCUGGUCUCUUCAGCGAGGACGCGCCUCUCCGUCGCUAUGCUCGCCCGACUCCUUUCUCUGCACACUUGCCAAAGAAAAGAUGGAUUCUGCGUCGACUUCCAUGUCUCGCGUCCAUCCUUCUGGGGUGUACAGACGGCCACUGCUUCCUUCUGGCGGUCCUCGUUCAACCUCUGAGAGAGACGAACGCGUGGACUUGUCAGGAUGUCCCAGACAUGUAGAAAGAGGUACUUGCUUGUCCCUCCCUCCGUCUUUCUCUGCAGCCGCUCUGGACGCUUGUCUGGACUCCCGCUGCCAAGUUCUUUCGACUGCAGCAAGCGGUGGCUGCAUGCAGAGCGCAACGGAACAUCUCCGCGUUUCAACUCGGCCGUGUGUUGCCUCGACACACGCAAACAGUGGAACUUUCGCAGCAGUGCGCAGCCGGGUCAAACGAGGACAGGCACUCUCGCUCUUUCUGCUCUUCUCUUCUUGCCCUCUCCUUCUUCUUCUCCUCUUGCACCAGUUUUUUAUUUCCAGUCUUCAUACAGAAACCGUUCUCGGUUCUCCGCUGCUCCCAGCACUUGCAGUCGAAGUGUCUUCGCCGGAGGCUCUGAAGACGACAUUUGAAGCGCGAGAGGCUGAUUCACACCGAGGAUCCAGAGAUGGCGAGAAGGUUUCAGGAAGCAGAGACAUCCGUUUCGAAGAACAAGAAAUUCGUUCCAGAGACGGCAAAGAAACAAGUUUUCCGUCCCCGCAUGGCGAUCAGCCGAGCGGUGCCGGCGCGUGGACAGCUGAGGGCCGCCGCAAGAAAAGAUCCUUUUACCGAGACCACAUCGAACGCGGGACUUCGCAUCCGGCGUUUUCGUUCUUCUCGGAUCCGACCUCUCGCUUUGUGCUGGACCCCCACCUGCCGGCUUCGCAUGCGUCCACGUGUGAGCGCGGGGCUUCUUGUUCUCCCGUCGACGCGAUUCAGCCGGUCUUCGUGUCGCCUUCUCACUCCGGAAAUGAGUCCGAAAAAGCCGAACGCGCGCGCUUGGAACAGUCGACGCCCGCGAAACUCUGGCGCCCACCAAAGGUCUUCGCAGAGUCGUUCGCCUCCGACAGACGACAAACCGACACCGGCCUCGUCUCGCUGCACGGAGACGUCGCCUUUCGGUCCCCAGGCUUCACAGUGUCCAUCAAGAGACAAGCGCAAAAAGAAUGGGAACGAGAACAGUUGAGGGAGAAGCUUCUCGCCGAGGGCGGCGAUCUAAGCAUGCUCGAAGUUCAGGAGGACAACGACUCGGGUGAAAUCUACUUAUAUUCUUCAAUGCAACUGGCUCUCGACCGUCAAUGCGUUUCGCAAGCGGAGGCGAUGAAGACUGAUUGGAGUUACGUGAGGUUGCAUGCCUCGAACUUCUACUGUUUCUCGAAAGACGACCUCAACUUUGAAACGACCGGACAGCACUGCGUAGACAGCUGCAGCCAGACAGUGGCAUGCGCGGGCGUCCCGACGACUCGAGCCAUCAGGAAUAUAACAGACACGGCGAAACUUCCGGACAACAUCUUAGGGAGAAACUGGCCCCUCAAACACUGCGUUACCUCCCGUCUCCAGGAUGCGUUGAAUGAAAUCUGUGGGAGCCCCGAGAGCAUCUACAGGGUCGUCAACGACGUCGCUGGAUGCGUGCCUGUCGAAAGUAUCGACUGGACCGAGGCCUCGCCUGUCUGCGUAGACGACUGUAACAAAGUGGUGAAUUGCUACGGCCAAGUCACAAACGCUGAUCAGAUGGUUCCGUUCACCAGCGACCAAAGGGCGAUGCUGGAAACGAGAAAGAAAUCUACCUGCCUUUGUGAUGAAACGCUCGAGCAAGGCAAGCUGUACCGCGGCUGUCAAACACGUACCCGGACAGGAAGAGAGUGCCAGAGGUGGGACGUGGACUCCCCUCAUGAGCAUUUUGAACUUCGAGAGGCACACAACUACUGCAGAAACGUCAACGCGGAAGCAGAGAUCUGGUGCUACACCACAGAUCCGCAUGUCCGAUUCGACUUUUGCGAUCCGCUUGGCGUCUCCGAGCGCUUCGUGCAGCCUGGGGAGACAGUUGACAUUGUCAUCAGCGGAGUGGAUUUGUCUCCGCACUAUUCGCUGCGAAUUUACAAAGGCUCGGAGACGAACGUCUGCGGAGCCAACAACGGGCAGAGAGCACCUGCUGCUUUCAAAGACUGGGGAGUGGAGAGACACUUCCUGCCAAAGUACUCUGUCACAGAUGGGACAAUCUCCUUGCUGACAUGGCCAGACUUGGGCAUCGAGCCAACUGCAACAGGAAAGAUCGCUCUCUGCGCCUGUAAUUUCUUCGGAUUCCUCGCCUCCAACUGGAACGGCGCCACCCCGUGCUCCCAGGACAGCCAUUUCAAUGUUCAACUCGGAGUUCUACAUGUCAUCGGACCUGUGCAUGCAAGCGGCGGAGAGGUGCAGAUGAUCUCUGGAGUGCCGCACGAGUUCACUGUGAGGGGAGCGGGACUGAGAACUGUCGACACUCUGGUGGCUGUGGGAGACAGAACGGGCGUGAUGUGUACCUCGCCGAACUUCUUUCAGAUGCAGCUGGAGCUUCUGAGGGGCGUCGGAGACGGGGCAUUCGCCGUGUUCACCAAGGGCAUUGCGACGGGAGAAAAUCAGUAUGUGAAAACAGGUUUCAAGUCCGUCACCUCAGACGGCCUCCUGGCGACGACAGGCGACCUGACUCUCCUCGCGACCGGGCACUACUGUCUUUGCUGGCAAGGGACGAAUAACGGCCAAAGAGCCUAUGGUCUGGUCGACAAGCUCGUUGUCACAGGAGUCGAUUUGAGUUUGACGUACCGGUCGGUGUACAGCCCCUCAGCAGGCUCAGCCAGCCAGAAACUUUUCUCGACUUUCAUUCACACUUACCGACUCAGUAAAGACUUUGCAGACGACGCACUCACGGUGCGCACGGCGACGAAGACCCCCUGCGAAGGGACGGUUGUUGCGCAGUCGCGGAAAAUCGAGAAAGAGUAUCGGUCCACGACUCAAAUGGCGACGGAGAAGCUUCUCUACAAAGCCAAGUACAUGAGUGUGAAAAAUCUUCCAGAGUCGAGCACGACGUACUCGGAGAUGCUUCAUGUCUGUCUGAAGUCCCCCAAUGGAGAGGUGCUGCAGUUCUUGGGGGAGUCGAGUAUCUCUGAGUACUACUCGUAUCCGUUUCAUGACUUUGUGUUGCCGGAGACUCUGCAUGUACGGACACCAAGCAGCGUGUACUCGUACACCGUGAGCGAGUUUUCGAAUCUUGGGCUGCACUGGGGCACAGUGGAGCGCGACGGCGAGGUUGUGAUUGGGAACUUUUUGGACUUUUUCACUGCGAAUCCCUUCUCGAAAGUGCUCCACUUUUGGCUGUCGCAUUCGGGCAACGUGAUUACUGCCUGGGCGUUCUCGGCGUCGGAUCCGUCGCCGACGCUGAUGGCGACUUUCAAGUCCGAUUUUCCGGUCGGCAUGGCUCUCCACACAACUGCGAACUUUGUUCACCUUUACCUCCUCAAGGGACAGACUCCCGCGACGCUGUUUGUGAUGGAUGUGACCGUGCCAAGCACGGGGCUUUCGCCCGAGGCGCUCAUCCAUGCUCUCGACCCCGGGCAGGCAGGUCUGGUCGAGCCGUCGAACAUCGUGCUCAUCUACGAAGGCGAAGAAGACGAAUCAGAUCCCGUCGUUGUCCUCGUCGAUUCGGGGACAGGGUACAUCCACCUGUUCGACCAUGAUCUGCAAGAAGUGGGGAAGUCGAAUGGACAAGAGGCGCUUGCCCAGCCGCUCGUGAAACCCACAGAUCUGCACUGCCUUCGGAAGACAGAAGGAUCGGGGACUGUCUCCUCCGUCUGGGAUUGCUUCGCCACCGACGUCGGACUCCCCAGAGUCAUCUACUUCUCCAUUGACGCCUCCACGAAAGAGUUCAGAUUCCUCUCCACGUACAGCGGCGAAGGAACAAAGGACGGAGUCAACACAAACCUGCGGGGACCGAUUUCUGUCGUCGCGCACUACUUCAGCGGAAAAACACUCAUCUACGUCGCAGAGGCAGCGAGUGCGUACCCGUUGCUGCUGACGAAGGUGGACGAGGAAGAAACGCUCCACUACUACGCGUACUUGUCUCAGAAUUCGGUCGGUUCUUCGUCGACGGUGGGUCGACUGUCUCUUCUGCACUUCUCGGAUGACAACUCUUCUCUCGAACAUGUAUCGCUCGCCACGUUUCGGGACGCCUGGCGGGGCGCAGAGGUCCAAAUCGUUUCGCUCGACACCACGGCGACGGUCCCAAACUUCCGCUAUCACCCCCAUGAGUGGUACACCGUCGGCGACACACACAGUCUCGAGCCGAGCGUGAUCGGUCUCGGCACUCUGAAAGGAGUUCGGAAGUUCGCCUUAAGCAGCGAGAUAGCCAACGCAGCGUACGUCCACUCCAUCGCGUCAGUGGAUCCGAACACAGGCGUCGUGAAGCUCGAGUUGACACACAUCCAGCGGGCGUCUGUGGAGAUCCAAGUCAUCGCCCAGGGCAUGGUCAGCCAGAUGACGACGACCUUCAAGUUCAACGUUGCAUGCAAAGACGGCUACUACUACAGCCAGGGCAUGUGCGUCCGAUGUGCAGCAGGAACGUACAACUCCGUGAACUUGAUCAAAGCGGACCCCGCGAGCAGCUGGGCCAAGUGCAGAAAAUGCGGCGAAAACCACACCACUGUCGCUGAAGGUUCCAUCAGUGAAGACCAGUGCCAGUGCCAGCUCGGCUUCCACAUUCCAGACGAGUCUGAAGACGGCGCAAAGUGUGAACCUUGCCCCGCCGGCAUGUGGAAAGACACUGUGGCGAACACGGGGUGCAUAGGCAGCUGCCCAGCUCACUCGUCCACGACUGUUGUGGGCGCGAAGUCGGCGGAGGAGAGACGAUGUGAAUGCGAUGCAGGUUACUACUUCGUGGGGGAGAGCGUCCUGAACCAGGAGUGUGUGUUGGCGGAGAAGGGGUACUUUUCUGAGGGAGGUUUCGAGGCGGAGCGGGUGCCGUGUCCUCAACACUCGACGACGAAUCCGAAUGACGAUCCGUCAUUCGUCUCCCGGAAUCUCGAAGCGUGCGUCUGCGAGAAGGGGUACACGCCGGCUUCUCUGCAGAGUCUGGAAGAUUCGUCUUCUCCAGAGUGGAAGCUGAUGGAGUGGCUCAAGAUUCAUCCGAAACACACGCAGCUGGCAAAGUCCCAAGUCUGCGUUCCCUGCGGUCGCGGGUUCUACAAGGACUCCAUCGGCGCGCAUGCAUGCACUCCCUGUCCCCUGAACUCGUUCGCAGCGACUUCUGUUGCCACAUCGGCAGCGGAGUGUGAACUCUGUCAGCCGGGCUACUACCAAACGGGGAACUCCGAUGUGCCUUGCGGAGAAUGUCCAGAGGGUCAUUUCUGCGUCGGUUCCGAACCCACCGUCAGCAGUCUCUCUCAGUACGCAGGAGCCAAGAUCAUGUGCCCAGACAACACCGCGACCGUCCCUCCGAACGCGCAGAACGACCACCCCUACAAGUGCAUGUGCCAAGAAGGUUUCGAGUUCUCCAAAGUCGACAGCGUGACUCCGACAGUCAUUUGCCAGCCAGCGCGUGUAGGAGAUUACAAGGGCGUCGUCUCGAACACGCCUGGCCAAAGAUGUCCGUCCGGAAGUUCCACACAGUCGACAGGAAGCGUCUCUCUGGAAGACUGUAUCUGCACUCCGGGAUACUUCUUCAGCGAAGCCUCAGGAGAGUGCACGGAGUGUCCCGUUGGUUUCUACUGUCCUGGAGGACGCGACUCCCUGACGGCAUCGCACACGAUGCCUGUUCAGUGCCCAGCCGAGACGAACACGAGGGGAACGAUGAGUGCGACGUCUGCGGAGUGCGUCUGCGACAAGGGAUACUACAGAUUCAGUUCGCAAGUCAACUCAGGAGAUAUUGUGUGUCGACCGUGUCCAGCGAACAGCUUCAAGGACUGGGUCGGCAACGACGUCUGCAAAGCGUGUAGCGAGAACUCCGGGACAGAGCAGACGGGGGCGAACUCGGCGUCUCAGUGUCUUUGCUCGAGAGGGUUCUACUACGACAUCAGUCAGGCGGAGUGCGUUGCUUGCAGCAAUCCGCUGAAGUACUGUCCAGGGGGCGAAGUCGAGUGCGAAGAAGAGGAAGACAAUUGCGUCAAUGGAAAGAAACCUGCUGAGCCGCAGGCGUGCCCACCCCACACGCGAAUUACGGCCGGAUACGAUACUCCCUGGUCUCUCGAUGACUGCAAGUGCGAUCCAGGCUUUGCGUACGAGAGCGGGAGCGCAGCAGACGGCGAGAAGCGCUGCGAGCCGUGCUCUGCGGGUUCGUACAAGUCUUCUGUGCAAGACGGUCCCUGCAACGGUUUGUGUGGAACUUCGUCGACUUCGUUUCCAGGCGCGCAGACGCAGUCUCAGUGCUUCUGCGAGGAAGGAACGUACUUCGCAGCCGACGCCUGUCACACUUGUCCCAUAGGGGCAUUUUGCGGAGGCGGCUUGCUCGAGGAAGCAGAGGCGAAGCUGCGAGAAGACUCGAGUUUCACAGGCAUCACGUCUGCAGACCACGUGAAGCCGUUUGCGGAGGCGGGGUACUUCCUGAACAAGCUGAAGGAGGAGUUGGAGUCUCCAAACGACUGGCAGUUCACUGAAUGCCCGAUUCAGAACGCGUGCCUCUCCCAUGGUGUUUGCUCCGAGACGAUGACGGAGUACCUUUGCAGCGAGUGCAGACGCGGAUACACCAACACAUUCUCCAAGGGCGAGAUUUGCACCUCGUGUCCGUCCAUGGUGUGGAACAUUGUGUGCUUGAUGGGGUACUACUUGGCGACGCUUCUGUUCAACAUCGUGAUGACUUAUAUGAACGUGGCUGCGGGUUUCAAUCGCCGAUCGAUUCACUCCAUUGUGAUUAAAAUCGCGUCCAACUACCUCACUGGAAUCUCCGUUCUGUCGGUCAUCGACUUCAGCACGAUAGCCUUCCCCUCCUGGAUCACGGACCUGACGGCGACGGUGACGGAGACCGUGUCGGCUAAACACAGCACGCGCCUCAUGUCUGUCGACUGCCUGCUGAGGGACAACUUCGACUUGUCCUUUUCCGAGUCGUUCUUCUACACCAUGGUCUUCUACGCGUUGAUUCCUAUCGCGCUGCCGAUUGUCGCCACCAUCAUCAUGUCCAUCAUCGUGUACCGAGUCCGCGCGUGGUACCACAACUCGACUCAGAGGAAGCUCGAGCUGUUGAAGCAGACGAUGCAGUAUGGACUCUACGGCUUGGCGCAGCAGCUGAAAGAGAAAUACGAAGAAGAUCGAGUGUUCAUGAUUUUCAGGUACAUAGCGUUGCCGGGAGAGUCGAUCUUCAGACGCGCCGCCAAGUUCAUGGAAGACAUGAUUCCCAUAUACGUCACGGUGCUUUUCUUCGUCUACUCGUCGACGACGCGAAACAUGCUCUCGCUCCUCGACUGCACGUACAUCGACUUUGGUCGCGCCCACCAAGCCAAGUACUUUCUCCGCGCCGCCAUGUCUGUCGAGUGCACAGACAUUCUCAGCGGGCCGUAUUUCAAGUUCUUUGCUGUCGGAAUCACUGGCUUGCUUGUCUGGAGCAUCGGCAUUCCUCUUUCCUGCUUCCUCGUCCUCUACGUCAACCGCAAAACGCUAAACAGUCGCGAAACGAGGCUCAAAUACGGGUUUCUCCACAACGGAUUCGUCAAGAAAUACUGGUACUGGGAAAUGGUCGUCUUUGCAAGAAAAUUCCUCGUCAUCGUCGUUUCCAGUGUCGCCCUCAUUCCCUCUGCCGACAAGAACGGGUCGCGAGUCUGGCUAGCGGUCGUCAUCGCCGUCAUCUUCUUGAUUAUCCACUUAGUCACUCAGCCUUUCGACAAAAGGAGCUAUCUCACCCUCGAUAAACUGGAAAAUCACAGUAUGACCAUCUGGACCAUUACCCUCAUCGUCUUGGCAAUGAUGAUUGGGUCGGACUUCUCCGGGAGCGUGAACAUGGCACUGCUGUUGUUUGUGGCGGUGUUGUCGUGCAUGUUUAUCCUAGAGGUUGGGGUGUCUCUGAUGUUUGCGUACUUUGACAACGUUCGGACGCAGCAGACGUUUUUCCGGGUGCCGGUGAUUGGCUACGUAUUUCGUUUCUUCGCUCGUUUGUCGGAGAAGCGUCGCGCGCGGGAGCCGAUUGUCGUGUUUGACACAGAGAACGAAGUGAUUCAGUUGGUCGCCGCGAAGAGACAAACGUGGACGCUGUUUCGAGCGUUGCGGAAGAACAUCAACUUGGCGGAGCGGAACUACUUCAUCAAGGUCAUGUCGGAGAGUCUCGGCUUCGCCGUUGUGCAUAUGAAGCUGGACGUCAUCCCCGGAUCGUUUCUCGAAUUCGCGCUGCGGCUGGGUCUCGCGUUCCACCGCGUCGAGGAAGUUUCCCAGCAGAAUAAAAAGUCGCUGCAGGCGAUUGCAGAUGGAGAUUUGUCUCAACUCGCCGACUGGUCCAACAACGAGCAUAAACGAAAGGACUUGUCCGAGUCGGCCAAGACAUCGCAGAAGAAACUGGCAACAGAGCUCGACACGUUUUACACCGACGCGGAGGAGAAGUUCGCCGCCAAGGAUGAAACGCCUACGGCGGAAGAAAAAACGGAGGAGCAGGACGAACGCCUGCACGACUUGGAGGGCGAACUGGUGUCCGACACGGAACUCGAGCAAAUGAAGAAAACGAUGACUGAGGCAGAGGAAGCCGAAGAGGACGAGGACCGCGGCGACGAUGCCGCGUACCUGAGGAAUCUCCAGGACUUCACGAAUGACAUAACAGGCGAAGACGAAGAAACCAUGUAUCUGUUCGACCAAGACAUGAUGACUCGCGGUAUCGCGCUGUCGGAACUGUACCUCGCGCUGCUCAAGCUGCAGAUGCAGGACUCGAACACCAUCAACAGCCAGUUCGACGCCUUCCGGCUGAGGAAACAAAUCCAGGCUGACGAGUUCUCCGAGGCGUUGCAGAAGCGAAACCGGAAGCUGAAAGUCAUGCGGGAAGCCCUAGAAAGUUUGGUUCUCUCGUCGGGAACGAGUCUUGCAGAGCUCGGCAUGACGGAGGAGGCUUUCCAAAGCAAGCAGGCGGAACUCCAGAAGCUGAACGCGGAAAUAGAGAAACUCAAGACGCGUCUUCAAGAGCUGAAGGACAACCCCGACAGCUAUAGAGAAGGCGGGGACGUCGAGCGCGAGGAAGACUGGGUCGACGAAGACCGUGCGGCAGAGAUCGAAAAAAUACAGGAAGAAAACGCACGGAGAAAACUCGAAAAAGAGGAACGCGAAGAGGCCGACAGAGAAAUAUGCAUGACCGGAGAAGACAUGGAAAACGCAGGAUGGUUCGGCGAAGACGACACUGCUACAAUCGACGAUUCGUCGGACGCUCCUCUCCCGGAAGGUACCUUCCGACUGAUUGGCCAAGACGCUGAAACAUGGGACGAGUUUGGUUAUUCGAGUAGCAAAGGGAACUACGAGGCGGCUCCCGACGACGGUCUGUAAGCAGGAAUCGCCCGGAGAGUUUCACUUCCGAAAGUUCCACGUUCGCGUCCGUCGCCUGGAGGUGGCCCGUGCAAAGACAGCGUCUUCAUCGAGAUCUUGCUCGAACUUUAAAGCUACGCGUUGUACUGUUUGCAACGAAAGCUUUGUUGUGAAACUCGAGUGACUCAAGACAAAGGAUCCAUGGCACAACAAGGAAUAGCGCUUUUUUCAAGCACUUCUUUGUUCUUUGCUUGCCCUGCUACACACGCGUAGUGUCGUGGUGCUUUACACUCGAAAACAGAUACGAAGAGGGCAGGAACCGCUUGUCGCUAGCGUUGUAGCAGUCCUUUGUUCACAGCUUGUACGAUAGGAGAAUCCAACAAAAAAUAUUGGAAGGUUUUUACGGAUAGGAUGUCGUGCCACGGAGACGUUUAUCUUUCUUAGAUAAAUAUUUCCCAGUUACGUGGACGAGAGGUUCACUGCAGUCUCGCUUCAAAUCAACGAGAAUUCAUAAAUUUUUCCAAGAGGUGUUUUUGUCGCCGAGGUGAGUCCUCGCUGCGCAGAGACGUUCUCAAUGCUCUUGACUUCAGAGACAUACGAAUUUUCUGUCUCCCCGUUUGGAUGUAUGCGGCCGUUGUGCUCGUUUUAAACUACUAGAUCAACCGUACCUCACCGGGUUGUGGUUGAAGGGUGCUUUUUAAGGCUUUCAAGGGAGUUCGACAGCGGCGGCUCUCAUCUGUAUUUGACGGGCAUCGUAAUGACCAUUUUUCUGUUUAGAUUCAUGCUGCUCCGUGGCAAACGUUUCUCUUUCAACCUCUGCCACGCGCUGAACUGUAGAGAUAUACCCUCCGCCCACGCGUGUCUAGAGGGGUCUUCUCUUUAUCAGAACACAGCCGGAAGGACACCUUUGAAGCGACCCCCGUAAAGCUGUUCUGCGCCC